AGCGCAUGGUUGCAUUGGGGAAUUUUGACAGCUCUAACACUGCCUACUACAUGUUUCCGGUCUCUCUUUCCCUUUCUUUUACCAGCGUGUAUAGUGAACAGUAAGAGAUGCCUGCUACGGCCGUUAAGAAACCAGCAGCGAAAAAGCUGCCCGCUGUGCCGGAAUCCAAGCUGAAGUUCAGCAAGAAACAAAUCAGCAAGCGGGUCGCUGACUCGAAACGUCGUCUGAAGCGUGCCGCCGUCAUUGCCCUGCGCAAGAAGGAGAAUCUGGUGCGUGCUGAGAAGUACCAGAAUGAGUACAUCAAGGCUGAUCAGCGCGAGAUCAAACUGCGCCGUCUGGCCAAGAAGCGCAACCAGUUCUACGUGCCCGCUGAGGCCAAGCUGGCCUUCGUUGUCCGUAUCCGCGGUAUCAACAAGGUGGCUCCCAAGGUCCGCAAGGUGCUCCAGCUGUUCCGUCUCCGCCAGAUCAACAACGGUGUGUUCAUCAAGCUGAACAAGGCCACCAUCAACAUGCUGCGCAUCGCCGAGCCCUACAUCACUUGGGGCUACCCCAACCUGAAGUCAGUGCGCGAGCUGAUCUACAAGCGCGGCUAUGUUAAGCACAACCGCCAGCGUGUGCCAAUCACCGACAACUUUGUCAUCGAGCGCAAGCUCCGCAAGGCGCACAACAUUCAGUGCGUUGAGGAUCUCGUCCACGAGAUCUUCACUGUCGGUCCCAACUUCAAGUAUGCCUCCAACUUCCUGUGGCCCUUCAAGCUCAACACUCCCACCGGCGGCUGGCGCAAGAAGGCUAACCACUACGUCAACGGUGGUGACUUCGGUAACCGCGAGGACCAGAUUAACCGUCUGCUGCGCAAGAUGGUCUAAGCAACAGUUUAAGCAUUGUGUUGGACAGCAAAUACAACAAAACGGUAUGAUGUAAACAGUGGAAGAAAAUAAAAGUUACUUUUACAAACUA